UGAGAGACGAGCUGCUUCUCGCAUCAUGACUUCAACUAAGAAGAUUCUACUUUUACUUUUACCACUCGGAAUUGUACUAUUAAUUGCGACAAUAUAUCAUUCAAACAAUUCUGAGUACGCUGACAAUACAGCUGUGGAACCGCAGAUAAGCAGGCGUCGACGAGCAAUUAAGCCCGCCACUAUACAUUAUUGCAAGUUCAAUCAAUACUAUGAUCAGGAGGAAGGCCGUUGUUUAGGUGUGCCAGGAGGCGGCAAAGUACUUCACAUUGAAAACGGACAAUCAUGUGGCAUCAACGUCUUAAAGCCGCAUUGUAAAAGCUCUCUAUAUUAUCACAUUUGUAAACGUGAUAAGUCGAUCCUGGCGCAAUGUGCAAACAGACAGAUCUUCGACAAUCGUUUGCAGCGAUGCAUUUACUACGAUUCAAGUAAAUUAACUCCCAGUAUUAUUCCACCAGACGACUACACAUAUUACGAUCACGUUAGAAUGCCACGUUGCACGAGAUAUGGUCGAUUUCCCGUACCUGGUCAUUGUUCCAUGUUUUACACAUGCGAUACAAACGGACAUCGACUUCAUCAGAGUGUCUUCAAGUGCCCACAAAAUACCGGAUAUCAAGUGGACAAAGGAGUUUGCAAUAUUGUGGCAGAUUGUGUGAACGACAAUUCGGUGGAUACUACAGUUUGUGUUCCAGAUGCCCCGGGCGAAAAUGUGGAAUCUUCACAUCUCGAUGAAGCUGUAGACGAAAAAGAAAUUUCAGAAAUACUUGAAGGAAGUAAAGCCAGCACAGACGAUCCUAUUGUAGAAAAAGAGGAAAAUGUAAAUUUCAAGAAUUUCGAUGAUAUUAUCACUACUACCCCUGUAAAUAUAAUAGGACCACUAUCGGAGAAUAAUUAUAACGAUAAUGAUAACGAUACGGAAGUGUCAAAUAAUAAUGCGAGUUCGUUAAAUCCAAUCAAAGAAGACUUAAUUUCUGAAGGCAGCGACGAAAAGAUAAUGUACAGUCAAACUCCGAAUCAGCUUGAAACGAUGCAAAAAGCAUCUGACGAAGGACAGAACGAAGAGGACGAAUCAUCACUAUUAAAUUUACGAAUUACAUCGCCAUUAACGACAGAACUCGAUGACACACCGCAUUCGAUUACGGAACAAUAUAGAAACAACGAAGACAGCACAGUGAUGCCAUCGAAUUUUAAUGAUGAUUCAGUUGAUCUAUACUCGACAUCAACAAGUAAUACACAAGAACCUACCCCAAUCAGCGACAUUUCACCGAAUAUAAAUGAAAAAAUGCAGGAUGCAGCUACAGAGGAAUAUAAAAAUAAAGAAGACAGCAUAGUAUCGUCACCGAAUUUGAAUACUGAUUCUGUUGAUCUGUACUCGGCAUCAACAAUUAGUAAUGUACCAGAAUCCAUUUCAAACAGGGAUGUGUCAUUAAAUGCAGAUGAAAAAAUGCAAGAUGCGAUUACGGAACAAAAUAGAAGCAACGAAGACAGCACAAUGACGCCAUCAAUCUUUAAUACCCAUUCGGUUGAUUCGACACCAACAAUAAGUAAUGUACCAGAAUCAUCUCCAAUUAGUGACAUGUUACCGAAUAUAGGUGAAAAAAUGCAAGAUGUAAUUACGGAGCAAUAUAAAAACAAUGAAAACAGCACAUUGACGCCAUCCAAUUUCAAUACUGAUUCGGUUGAUCAAUAUUCGGCACCAACAAUAAGUAAUGUACAAGAAUCUACUCCAAUUAGCGACGUGUUAUCGAAUAUAAAUGAAAAAAUGCAAGAUGCAGCUACAGAACAAUAUAAAAGUAACGAAGACAGCAUAGUGCCGCCAUCGAAUUUGAAUUCUGAUUCUGUUGAUCUAUACUCAGCACCAACAAUGAGUAAUAUACCAGAAUCCUCUCCAAUCAGCGAUGUGUCGCCGAAUGUAGAUGAGGAAAUGCAAGAUGAAGCUACAGAACAAUAUAGAAACAACGAAGAUAGUAUAGUGACUCCAUCGAACUUUGAUACAGAUUCGAUUGAUUCGGCAUCAAUAAUUAAUAAUGUAACAGCAUCUUCUCCAAUCAGUGACGUGUCACCGAAUAUAGAUGAAGAAAUACAAGAUGCGAUUCCGAAACAAUAUAGGAAUAACGAAGAUAGCACAAUGACGCCGUCGAAUUUUAAUACAGAUUCGGUUGAUCAGUACACGCCACUAAUAGUAAGUAAUGUAGCAGAAUCUUCUCCAAUCAGUGACGUGUCACCGAAUAUAGAUGAAGAAAUACAAGAUGCGAUUCCGAAACAAUAUAGGAAUAACGAAGAUAGCACAAUGACGCCGUCGAAUUUUAAUACAGAUUCGGUUGAUCAGUACACGCCACUAAUAGUAAGUAAUGUAGCAGAAUCUUCUCCAAUCAGUGACGUGUCACCGAAUAUAGAUGAAGAAAUACAAGAUGCGAUUCCGAAACAAUAUAGGAAUAACGAAGAUAGCACAAUGACGCCGUCGAAUUUUAAUACAGAUUCGGUUGAUCAGUACACGCCACUAAUAGUAAGUAAUGUAGCAGAAUCUUCUCCAAUCAGUGACGUGUCACCGAAUAUAGAUGAAGAAAUACAAGAUGCGAUUCCGAAACAAUAUAGGAAUAACGAAGAUAGCACAAUGACGCCGUCGAAUUUUAAUACAGAUUCGGUUGAUCAGUACACGCCACUAAUAGUAAGUAAUGUAGCAGAAUCUUCUCCAAUCAGUGACGUGUCACCGAAUAUAGAUGAAGAAAUACAAGAUGCGAUUCCGAAACAAUAUAGGAAUAACGAAGAUAGCACAAUGACGCCGUCGAAUUUUAAUACAGAUUCAAUUGAUAAGUAUCCUGCACAAACAAUAAGUAAUGUACCAGAAUCUUCUCCAAUCAGCGACGUGUUACCGAAUGUAGAUGAAAAAAUGCAGGAUGGGAUUACAGAAGAAUAUAGAGGCAACGAAGACAGUAUAAUAACGCCAUCGACUUUGAAUACAGAUACAGUUGAUCAGUAUCUGGCAUCAACAACAGUAAGUAAUACAGCAGAAUCUUCUCCAAUUGGCAGUACGUCAUCGAAGAUAGAUGAAGAAAUGCAAGAUGCGGGUACAGAACAAUCUAAAAACAAUGAAGACAGCACACUAAUGCCAUCGAAUUGGAAUUCUGAUUUGGUUGAUCUGUAUUCGGCACCAACAAUAAAUAAUAUAUCAGAAUCCUUUCCAAUUAGUGAUGUGUCACCAAAUCUAGAUGAAAAAAUGAAAGAUGCAAUUACAGAAGAAUAUAAAAAUAACGAAGACAGUAUAGUGACACCAUCAAAUUUUAAUACAGAUUCGGUUGAUAAGUACUCUGCACCAACAGUAACUGAUGUAUCAGAAUCUCCGAUCAGCGACGUGCCAUCGAAUAUAGAUGAAAAAAUGCAAGAUGCAAUUACGGAAGAAUAUAGAAAUAAUGAAGACAGCAUAAUAACGCCACCAAAUUUGAAUACAGAUUCGGUUGAUCAGUACCCGGUAUCAACAAUAAAUAAUGGAGCUGAAUCUUCUCCAAUUAACAGCAUGUCACCGAAAAUAGAUGAGGAAAUGCAAGAUGCAGCUACGGGACAGGACAGAAAUAACGAAGACAGCACAUCAAAUUUCAAUACCGAUUCAAUCACAGAUAGUCCGAGGUAUGAUUCUGAUAUAUUAUCUUCUCCGUCGACACUUGCGAUGUUGCCGCCACAAGCAGCUGUUGAUCAAAUUGCCACGGAAGGAUUAUCUGAAGCUACUCCGUCAAUAGACAGUAAAACUGUAGAUACUAGUUCAUUUACACCAGAUGGAGUCGAAAGUUUUUCUGCUCGAUAUUUACCCGACAAUACUGAAUUAUAUUUAACACCAACGACGGAAUCCACUUUUUUAAAAGAAGUAACAGAUGAUAUUGCAACUACAAUACAUUCCAUACAAGAGCCAUCUAUUUCAGACACAGACCUGGUAAUGCAAAGUAGUAAGGAUAGCACGGAAACAUCUCCUACUUUUGUAACUGAAUAA